AUGCAGUCUGCACACGGUCUUGCAACCAGUGAUGAUCUGGCUCUGGCCCGACUGGGCAAGAAGCAGGUGCUCAAACGUCGAUUCAACUUUCUGGCUAUCGUUGGUUUCGCAAUGGCCGAGCUGAUCACCUGGGAGACGGUUCUCACUUUGUUUUCGCAAUCGUUCGAAAACGGUGGCCCAGCAGGAGCUUUUUUUGGUUAUAUUAUCGCGUGUCUGUCCACACUGUCGACCUAUACUGUCAUUGCCGAGCUUGCCUCCAUGGCGCCGAUCGCGGGAGGACAGUAUUACUGGGUCUACAUGCUCGCACCAAUGCGAUGGAAAAAGGUCUGCAGCUACUUAAUAGGCUGGCUGACUUCGCUGGCGUGGAUUGCUACCAUCGCAACCGAGACCAUCUUCCUUGGUACGAUGAUCGAGGGGCUGAUCACCCUGAAUAACCCGGACUUUGUCCAAAAGCGUUGGCAGAAUACGCUACUGGCGUGGGCGAGCGUUGCGGGAACCUUCUUCAUCAACGUCGUGGUGCCAAAUGUUUUGCCGCGUUUUGAAAUAUUUAUGCUCGUGCUGCACUUGGCAGGAUUCAUUGCCAUCACAGCUGUGCUCUUGGCCAUGUCGCCCAAAAAGUCUGCGGACUUUGUGUUUCACACCGCGCUCAAUGAGGGCAACUGGCCGACCCAGGGAAUCUCAUAUUGUGUUGGCUUCAUAGGCAAUAUCGCAACUUUUGUCGGGGCCGAUGCCAGUGUACAUAUGGCUGAGGAAGUUUCCAAUGCUGCCGUUGUAAUCCCUAAGGCUAUUAUUGCGGGCAUGUCGAUCAAUAGUGCCCUUGGAUUCUCGAUGAUGCUCACAAUUUUGUUCUGCAUCGGAGACGUUGAAUCCGUCCUUAGCUCUCCCACGGGGUUUCCAUUCAUCCAGGUUUUCUACAAUGUCACGCACUCGCACGCAGGUGCGUCGAUCAUGACCGCACUGAUCAUGGUACUUACAAUGGCCUGCUCAACUGGAAUUACAGCUACUGCAUCCCGAAUGACCUGGUCCUUUGCCCGUGAUCGGGGUCUGCCUCUCUCUGGGUGGCUGAUGCAAGUGAACGGUCGUACACAGAUCCCCAUUAUAUCUGUUACCGUAGUCUGUGGGUUUGCCUGUGCCCUGACACUCAUUUACAUUGGAUCUACCACCGCCUUCAACGAUGUGAUCUCGCUGACCGUGACGGGGUUCUACGGCACUUAUCUUCUUCCAAGUGCCUUCCUCCUCUACCAUCGGAUCAAAGGAAAUAUUCUGCCUCAUGGAACCAUGAUGGAAGGGCUCUCCGAGCCGGGAAAUUUCUCCACCGAGACUGGCCCAGUACCAACGGAGAAGAACUCUGCCAACCCCGUGCGACCCAAAAGCCCAGAGGACAAUCAAUCUCCUCCAGUAGCCUACAAUUCACCAAGUCCCGAACACAGUCUCCAGCCCACGGACUAUGAUCUUGCCCAAGCACCCUUGAUCUGGGGCCCAUGGAAGGUACCCGGAAUUCUGGGUACCAUCAAUAAUGCGUAUGCUUGCGUGUACAUGGUCUUCGUCAUCUUCUGGAGUGUAUGGCCUCCAGAGACGCCAGUGGAUUAUACGACCAUGAAUUACAGUAUAGUCGUGACCGGGGGCGUGCUCAUACUGAGUGGCAUAUGGUAUUUUGCUCGUGCAAGAAGGGAAUAUUCGGGUCCUCUGAUCGACAAAGAAGUCGCAGAGAUCAUGCAUCUCACGCCGAUAGUAGCCGGUGGACCAGAAUCACAAGUAUAA